AUGAGUCCCACCAAGAGGAAGCACACAGGGAAACCAAAGGUACAAAAUAAAGGAGUACAAACCAUGUCUCUGACUAACAUGGGAGAAACUGAGGAGCGGGCUGGCCUGGAAGCAAGCCAGUUCACAUCCAAGGAGACCAAGGCACCAGAACCUGGGUGCUUAAAGGAAGUAAUGGAUGAAGAAGAGAAGGACAGGUUAAAGAGGGCAUCCCGGAACAAGUCAGAAAAGAAAAGGAGAGAUCAGUUCAAUGUACUCAUUCGAGAGCUUUGCAGCAUGCUCCAGGGGCAAGGCCAGCCCAUCAAGAUGGAUAAGGCCACCAUAUUGCAGAAGACCAUUGACUUUUUACACAAGCAAAAAGAAAAGGAAACCCAGGCGCAAGCUGUUGGUGCCAGAGGGGCCUGGAAACCAUCAUUUCUUAGCAAUGAGGAAUUUACUCAGCUGAUGUUUGAGGCACUGGAUGAAUUUCUGAUUGCCCUGACCACAGAGGGAAUAAUUAUUUACGUGUCUGAUAAUGUCUCUUCUCUGCUCGGCCAUAUACCGUCCGAGCUGGUGCACCAGAAUAUAUUAACCCUUCUCCCAGAGCAAGAGCAUAAGGAAGUCUUCAAGGUACUCUCUCCACAGACAAUCCUGCCAGCCCCUGUCACUGCUGAUUUUCUAAAUGAAAAACAAAUUGAGUUUUCCUGUCAUUUGGCAAGAGGAAGGGUGAACCCCAGUGAUCCUGUGAUUUAUGAAUCUGUGACAUUUUUUGUGGAUUUUAAAUAUCUUUCUCAUGUGCCUAUACCAUCCUGCAGUGACUUUGAGUCUGUGGUUGCCAAGGCCUUCAACUCCCCCACGGAUGAUCCACUUUGUCUGGUAGCAACAGUUCGCCUCAACUCGCCCCAGCUUUUAAAGGAAGUUUGUACCGUGGAAGAACCUGGUGAAGAAUUUACCUCAAGACACAGCUUAGAAUGGAAGUUUCUGUUCUUGGACCACAGGGCCCCCCCCAUUAUAGGGUACUUACCCUUUGAGGUGCUGGGAACUUCAGGGUACGACUAUUACCAUGCAGAUGACUUGGAGCCUCUCGCCCGGUGCCAUCAACAACUGAUGCAGUUUGGAAAAGGAAAGUCGUGUUACUAUCGGUUCCUGACAAAAGGCCAGCAGUGGAUUUGGUUGCAAACUCAGUAUUACAUCACUUAUCACCAGUGGAAUUCCAAGCCUGAAUUCAUUGUUUGCACACACACUGUAGUUAGUUAUGCACAGAUUCAGGCUGAAAGAAGAAAAGAACUUGGGUUUGAAGAGCCCUCGACAUCAGAAAUGACUUCUGUGCCCUUCAAGAGUUCUAGCAGUUUCCCAGAGAUCUCCCAGUGUGGAAAUAGCCUGGACACAAGUAGAGACACAGCAUCUGGUUCAUCCCAUGGUGCCUGCGGACCAUCCCUCACAGUUCUGUCCAAUUCAGCACGUAAGUAUUGCUAGCGAAUUUUUAUUUGUUGCCUUCUGACUUUUUCCCUCUUAGCUAAAUUGUCACUGCAACCCAAGAAAGCCAGCAAGACUCCGAUGAGAUGGGAUAUGUUCAUGGAACCACCAGCGAAGACAUUUGAUAAAACCUUCUCCAGGGAGAUAGCCACCACCAGCAGCGCCAGGGCCAACCGCAGUACCAGAAACAGAAGUAGAAACAGCAACAACUGCACCCAGGACCUGCCAUUUCCUCAAAACUUCACUGAGCAUCUUGCUGCUCACCAUGUGGCCUCGACGAAAAUACCCAUGGUGUCCUCUCAACUAGAAGCUUUGCCUACCUUCCCCUCCCAAGAGGAGCUUGGGGUGAUGCAGCAGCUCAAGGAAGAGCUGGAAGGCCGAACUCGGGCCUUGCAGGCGGACAUCGAAACCCAGAAACAGGAGCUCCAUGCAAUCAAGGAGUGUCUGCAGACCGUGCAAGAUGCUGACUUCCAAGUGCGUCAACAAGGGCCGCUCGGCUCCUUUCCAGCAAAGACAACAUCUGGCCCACACCCCCCAGAGAAUAGCUCUCUUUCUCUGGCGCUGCCUAUGCUGUUGCAAACACCUGCACCAUUGAACUUCAAGCCUCCUAAGCCCCAGAAACCAAAAAAGGUGUCCCAGCGGCGAACCAAGACAUCCAAGACGGCAACAAAAUCCCAACCUGAUUUCCUGGAGCCCAAAGCUUACAGAAGCUCCAAUAUGUCCUCAGUCCAGUUCCUUGGGGGGCCUUGCAUGACCCCCAGCCAGCAACAGCAGCAGCAGCAGCAGCAUAUGAUAAAUGAAAAUGAGAUACAGGACCUAUGUCUGCCAGAGAAUAGUAGAAUCUCCAUGCCUCUCUAUGGAGACCCCAUGUUGUUUUCUGAAACGUACUCCAUCACCGUUUCAGCUGAAGUGCCAAUUGAUCUCAUUCAACAGCCAAUCGAGUAUGAACAAGAUAUCACUCUUGGGUUUCUCCAAGAUGAUCGACUUCUGCCUUCUCCUUCAGCAUUUACUCCCACCAUGUUCAUUCCAACCACCGAUUUAGCCAUCCUUGACCCCCAGCCUGUUCACCAGUGGCAACAGCCCCAGGUCCCCCAGAGUGAGGUCUGCCUUCAGAUUCAUACUCCUGAGGCAGGUCCCGGAAGUCAGGCCCCAGGGCUUUUCCAGGCACCCCAACUAUUGCAGUCACCUUCCAUGGGCUAUUUCCUGCACCCCCAACAGCCCAAUGCAGAGCUGUCGGAGAUGUAGGCACCUCCAGGGGCAGGGCCGGGGCACUCGGAGCUGGAGGAGUGCUAGCUAGAGCCCGUGGAAAAUCGAGUCAAGGGGGAGCAGAAGCUCCAGGAGAAGAACAAACCCAGA